AUGAUCGAGAAGAACCGGUUUGUGGAAGCGGACAAGGUCUACCUUAGCCAAGAUAAUGCUCGUUUUUCUUCGAGGCUUGGUGAACUCGAAGCCACUGUCUCUCAACUCCGGCGGGAUCUUGAUUCGGUCAAGACUGAUGCCGUGAACAUGGCCGAGAGGCAUCGGCUGCUUGAAUCCGAGAGUGCUAAGUUUUGUCGAUUUGACAGUGACAAAGAAAUAAUGGCAAUUGAGACUGGAACUCCCUCUGCGAAUAUUGCACCAGCGGUUACUCCUACAACUCGUACCGCUGUGCCACCGGCUGAGAAACCUGUGAAGUUCACCGGUGCCAACUUUAAAGGAUGGCAGCAAAGAAUGUUCUUUUGGCUUACCACCCUUGGUAUGCAAAAGUUCACCAGUGAGGACCCUCUCGUGCCUGCCGCCGACAUGCCUGACAACCAAAAGUUCAUGGUUACUGAGCCUUGGAAACAGGCUGAAUUUUUGUGCAAAGGCUACAUUUUGAGUGCCUUAGAAGAUGACUUGUACAACGUCUACAGUGCAGUAGAGACCUCCAAAGAACUAUGGAGUGCACUUGAAAAGAAGUACAAAAUCGAAGAUGCUUGCUUGAAGAAGUUUGUGGUUGCCAAAUUCCUAGACUACAAAAUGGUGGAUGGAAAAACCGUUGGAACCCAAGUUCAAGAACUUCAACUUAUCUUCCAUGACCUUAUUGCUGAAGGUAUGGUAGUGAAUGAAGCGUUCCAAGAGGCUACAAUGAUUGAGAAGUUGCCGCCCUCAUGGAAAGAUUUCAAGAAUUAUCUUAAGCACAAGAGAAAGGAAAUGAAGUUGGAGGAUCUUGUGAUUCGUCUCAAGAUCGAGGAAGAUAACAAAACCGCUGAGAAGAGGUACCGUAAGAGUUCACCGAUUGAAUGGGCAAACGUCGUUGAAGAUGUUGCUCCGAAAAAGAACAAGAAAAGGAAGAGGCCUUCUGGAAAGAAGAAGGAUCCUAACAAGAAAAAUUCAAGGGUAACUAUUAUAAUUAAGGACAAAGAGAAAAACAAGGGUCAGGCAAACAUGGUGGUAGAUGUUGAUGACCUGUGUGCAAUGCUGUCUGAGUGCAACCUGGUUGGUAACCCAAAGGAGUGGUGGCUUGAUUCUGGCGCCACUCGACAUGUGUGUGCCGUUAAGGAAGCAUUUGCAACCUACACUCCUGCUGGACCCAAAGAGGAUCUAUACAUGGGAAAUACUGCAACAGCCAAAGUUGAAGGAUAUGGGAAGAUACUUUUGAAGAUGACUUUCGGAAAUGUGCUAACUCUCAACAAUGUUCUGCACAUUCCAACAAUUAGGAAGAAUUUAGUUUCAGCCGGACUACUCGUAAAAAACGGGUUAAAUAAGGAUGAAGCAAUUGAUGCAUUUAAGCAAUACAAAAACGAAGUGAAAAACCAAUUGAAUAAAAAGAUAAAAAUGAUUAGAAGUGAUAGGGGUGGAGAAUACGAAUCUCCUUUUGUAGAGAUAUGUUUAGAAUAUGUCAAAUGGAAUUGCGGAAAGGAAAAAUCGAACAUUAAAGGAGAUGAUGAAUGCUUUAUUAAUAAGUUUCGGUUUACCGCAGAGCUUAUGGGGGGAAGCUAUCCUUACAGCUAAUCGAAUACUCAACAG